AUGAAUAAACUGAUGCAUUUCUUUUUCCAAAAGACUAUUGUAGCUAUUGAUAAAGAUGUUUCUUCAGUAUCAAAAUUUAAAACCAAAUGGUGCAUGCUUCUUUCAACAGCUCUGGUUCACCCUUUAUAAUAUUUCUCUUUGUUCCUUUCAGAUAACAACAACAAGCAAAUGAAUAAAACAAAUUCUUCUGUGGUGUCUGCAUUUGUGUUGCUGGGACUUUCUAACUCUAGACCAAUGCAGCAUUUUCUUCUGACUUGCGCUACCAUUUUAUAUACAUCAAUAUUUCUAGGAAACCUCAUUGUUAUGUUUACAGUGACUCUUGACCGUCAUUUACAUUCUCCCAUGUACUUCCUGUUAGCCAACCUAUCAUUCAUUGAUUUGUGUCUUUCUACUCUAACAAUUCCUAAAAUGAUCUCUGACUUGUACUCUGGGGAAAAUAUCAUAUCAUUCCAGGGGUGUGUCAUCCAGAUUUUUUUUAUUCAUGUACUGGGUGGAUCUGAGAUGGUGCUGCUCAUCUCCAUGGCCUUUGACCGAUAUGUGGCCAUAUGUAAGCCCCUCCACUACCUGACCAUCAUGAGUCCACGGAUGUGCAUUUGGCUGCUAGUUAGUGCUUGGGUCGUCGGUUUUAUUCAUGCAGUGGCCCAGCUAGCAUUCGUUGUCCACUUGCCUUUUUGUGGCCCUAAUGAGAUUGACAGCUUUUACUGUGAUCUACCCUGGUUUAUCAAACUUGCCUGUGCAGAUACUUAUAGACUAGAGUUCAUGGUUACUGCCAACAGUGGGUUCAUUUCUCUCGGAUCUUUCCUCUUCCUGAUUUUCUCCUACAUCUUCAUCCUCAUCACUGUAUGGAAGCAUUCUUUGGGUACCUUAUCUAAGGCUUUCUCUACUUUAUCAGCUCACAUCACUGUAGUGGUUUUGUUCUUUGGACCAUGCAUCUUUAUCUAUAUGUGGCCAUUCCCCCCAGUGCCAGGGGAUAAAUUUCUUGCCAUUUUGGAUUACAUGAUUACCCCCCUUCUGAAUCCUGCCAUUUACACACUGAGGAACAAGGACAUGAAGAUAGCAAUAAAGAGACUGGGUAGUCAAUUCCUGGAUUUGAAAAGAUUACCUAGCUAG